ACACGGAAAUUUGUAAAUCAUGUGCUUUUUUGUUAUUUUCCUAUCUUAAAUCACAUAUUUAACAUUUAUUUAGUUCACACAAUGAAAUGGCAUCAAGUAACAAUACCAAAGUUGAUGACCAAUCACUCGAGAAGCUGCAACACUUACUUUGGGGUACUGAUUUGAAGGAAGAUGUGUUUUCUCGUUGGACACAAGGGUUUUGCUUCAGCGAGGAUGAGCCAACAGCUCUGGUGCAACAUGAGGGAGGACCGUGUGCAGUGAUAGCCCCUGUGCAGGGUUUUUUAAUAAAAAAUGCCCUGUUUUGUGAAAAUCCUGUUGAAAAUUUAUCAGAAGUCACUAAGGAAGAAGCAUCAUUGUAUCUUCGUGAUGCUCUCUUUGAGAUAAUGACUCAGAUGUCCGCUGACAGAUACUUCCUGGUUUGUCUCGAGGACCCAGACACUGGUGGGGCAAGCACCUCCACAGAAAACUCUGAUGUUAACGCUGGAGAGAGAAGUCCAAAGCGCAGAAAGGUAGAUCAAGAGACCUUUCACUCUAGGCUGCGCUGUACCAAAUAUGCUGUUGGCGAAGAGACCUACCUCAAACAAAUGAUAACGAAGCUGGUUCUAGAAUAUCAACAAGAGUAUGGGGUUCUGCUCUAUCUCUAUUCUCUGCUAUUAUCAAAGGGUAUAGAACAAGUGAAAAACGAGGUUGCUGAUCUGACAGAAUCUCUGAUUGAUGGUAUCCAUGGUCACGGCAGCCAGAGCCUGAUCAAUCUGCUACUAACAGGGAGAGCGUCAUCUCACGUCUGGGACAAUGAGAAAGAUGUUUCCGGACUCAAAUUGCGUGGAGUCCAGACUCAAGCAACAAUUGGCUUCUUGACAUUGCUUGACCAUCUCAAGUAUUGUGAGGUUGGUUGGUUUUUGAAGAAUCCAAAGUUUCCAAUAUGGAUUCUUGGCAGUGAAACACAUUUAACAGUAUUAUUUUCCAAAGAUAAAAGUCUGGUCACCUCUGACAGUCCGGAAACCACGGCGAAACAAGUCUUCUCCACGUACGACCCAGAGGGCAAUGGGUUUAUUUCUACUUCACUGCUUGGAGAUGUGCUUGGCACUUUAGAGUUGGUUUCUGAGAAAGAAUAUGUCGACAUCAUGAAGACCAAGUUAGAUUCAGAAAAUCUUGGAAUCAUCACGCGUCAUGGUUUCAUGGAAGAGUUUUUUCCUGGCCAUAAGAAUUCGGAUUUUCCUCGGGGCUUUACUCUGUAUCACUAUAAUGGUCUGAAGAGGUCUUGUCCAAACAGAAAGGUGGUGUACAGUGAGGCGACGGCUGUGGUUGAAGAUGAGUAUGAGAUUCAGGUGAUUACAGACACUUCUCCCAUCAAGUUUUGUAUUCAGACAAAAUGGCCGACUAUAGACCUGCAGUGGAAGCUGACCGGGACUCCAUCGCUCAACUAGUUGGCACCAGAUGUCGACACUCGGGCUGUAGGCGUUGUUGAGUUUCUCCAUUCACAUAUUUAUUUUUAUUUAUUCUUUGGUUUGAACCAAGAAUGCUCAGUUUUGGCAGACUUUGAAAUCAUAUUUGAGGAUCUCAUCAUAACAGUUCGAAGAACAUUGCUGUGUAUAGUGUAACCUGUCUGUAAUGCUGAGACUACCAACUGUCAGCACAAAGUUGGCCAUUUCGAAGGUUGCAUUGUAAUUUCUCUAGCUCCCGACUUAUGACGGGUGCUCUCAGAUUAACAAGUUAUACGACGAGAAUAGAGUUGUAAAAGUGCUCAGACUAGCAACUGGACAGUCGUAGAAGUCUUGAGAGCAGAAAGUUGGCCAACUGUGUGCUGGCAUAAGGGACACCUGAAAGACCUAGAAAGACGGGAAUGUUGCACUUGGUCAGAGCUUCUGCGUGAUGUGUGACGGGCCACAAGACUGAUCCAUAAAAGUGGCCACAUUUGUUUUUGUUUUCUCACAUCGGGCCACUACUUCAAGACUGGUACAUUAAUACGUGGUAUGUGCUAUCCUGUAUAGGAAUAUGCUUAUUAGAUAUUCCUUGAUGCUACAUGAACAGAGUAGUAAAUGUGGUAUCGUGUAGACCAAAUAUUGCGACUAUAUGCAUUAGACAGUCAUUAGCCACUGCUUAAAGCAAGUGCUAAAACAGGGGCACAUCCAGUGUUUUUCUUAGUGGGAGGUGCAGCUCAAAAAGGGUGCAUGCUGGACUGUCAGUUUUUCUUACGGUACCUGCAGUGCUCGUGUUAGGGUAAUCAAACUCUAUGGCUCCCUUGUGGAUCCACGUUUGUGGGGGGUGGUAAUUCAGCUGCCCUUUUUGAACAAGUUGUUUUUUUAUUCAGAUUGAUGGUCAUGUAUUUUUAUGCAAAAUAGCAACCCCUGCAAUUAAGAAAAUGUGCACGGCAAAAAAACAUGCAGUUGAAAAAACCCUUAACAUAGUCCAAAAACAUUCCGUGGAGAAUUAAAAAAUUGAAAACUCCACAGCAUUGCCAGUUGCCAGGGGCAGUUGCAGGGGUUGAAGCAGUACUAUCUAAAAUGCCUUUUAGAGUACAGGUGGUUGUUAAACAAGCUAUCCGUUACAUCAGGUUUGACUGUUUUUGUUAUUAUUACGGUAUAAAUAUUGUUAUAUUAUUAUUUAAUGAUGUGUGAGGUACAGAUCAGUUAUAGUCCAUUACCGUUCCAUAUGUACUUUGUCCCACCAAAGACCUAUGAUAAAUGUAUGUGGUAAUUUUUAUUUCGUGUGUAUAGAAGGAUGUUCCAGGCAUAUUAGUUUGAUUGCCACAUUAUGUGCAAGAUAGGUGCUACGUUUUAAUUAAUUAGCAAAUUGUGCUAAUUGUAUUUUUUCCAGUAUAAUUGUAGUGCUAUGCAGUAUAUUUCUCCUAACAGUAUGGACAUAUUGAACAGAAAGUAACGUGUUACAGGUAUAUUCAAAAUCAUAAAACUUCUGCCAAAUAGAAUGGUUAACUAAUAUACUAAGAAAAGAGGAAGAAAAAAUUGUUAUUUAACUGCAGUUUAUGAAAUCCGAAUUUCAGCUAAGUAAAAUGAUAUUUGGUCCAAAUUGAUAGUUAUGUUUUGUAGUUCAGGCUCCGUAUUCAUAAACAUACUUAAGUCAAUGUUUGAUACUUAGCUACAUGCUUAAAGUACAUAGAUAAGUAUCAUACUCAGGCUGUAAAUCUUAAGGCAGAGAUGAAUUUUACUUGUAUAAUGCAAGAUAUUGCAUUUUCAGGACAACUAUUUUUCAAAAUGUUAUGGUGGAAUAUACCCACGAACCCCCAAAGAAACUUUGCUUUCCACUCUCGAUUAUAGUCAGCACCCCUCCCCCCCCCCCCCCCCCCCCCCUCCCCCCUGUCUACUUGCUUCCACAGUACUGGCUUCCACCUAGGGCGAGUUUUAACAACUCGAUGAGUAGGUGUAAGGCCACUACAGUACACCGACUUGUCUCUCACUAAAUACAAACAACUAACCACUAAUCCUUUGUCCUGGAUAGACAGUCCAGAUAGCUGAGGUGUGUGACCAAGUACUUGUAUGUAUUAGUAUGUAAUCAGGGUUUCGGCCAGAGGGUAAAAGGGUAUGGCGCCAUAUCCAAAUGUUUUGGCAGAUUUAAAAGACAUUUUAACAAAAUUAAUUACUCUUAUCAUUACUGUAUGAUUUUCUUAACCCAUAACCCUAAAGUUAACCCAUUUUCUUUCUGGGGGAGGGCCCCCCAUACCACAAGUUGACUCUGGUUGCAUUCAAUUCCAUAGCACCAUACCCAAGAAA